AUCACAGCCAGGUUGGUCUCACUUGUCCCUCCACCAACUGAUGGCAUGCGCAAGGGCUCAUUCCGACAUUCGCGAGCUCGUGACUGAUCCAAAAUUGCCGGCGCAAUGGAGUUCAAGGAGUUCCGCAACCGCUCGGCGCGCGAGCCCUUCACGAGCCCGUACCCUCCGAUGGAGUUGUCACCAAAGGAGAAGGACCUCUUACGUCAGCUUGCCAAGGAUUUGGUGGCUGUGAAUUUAGACGAAUUCGAGGAGUUCCUCUUCGACAACAACGGAAUUCUCCCAGAGCACCAGUGGGAAUUUGUGCGUCGUGACGAACAGGUCGAGACCUUCCUCCGUCGUCGUGAAAAAUACGGUCUUCGUGGCUUCGGUGCCACCAAGCGAUUCCGUCGCGACACGUCCGACACCAGUGCGAGUAUGAGUAGCACUAAGAGUGAUGAGCUGACGUCUCUGGACGUGGCAGAUAUUCGCUCCGUCGGAUUCAAGGACGGCACGAUUGAAGACGGCGUCUACGGUGCCAUGAGUCCCACAACGGAAGUCUUCCGCACCAAAUCUGCGUACGUUGACGACAAAAUCGAGGAGUGCAACGUGCUUGCUCUCAUCGACAACGUCACGGACUCUGAUCCGUUCACAUCGUUGACUGUCCGCUGGCGCGUGACGGAGAACCCACCGAUCAUGCGCACAUUCCUCAAGAGCUACGACCAUAUCUACCUCGAGGCCACGGGGUUUACCACGCUGAGCAACGGAGACCGCGUGAGCUACCAGCUCCUGCACUCCAUCGAUUUCCCGCAUUUAACUCCUCCACUUUCUACCCAUUCCCGCGGUCAAGUUGCUGCCAUCUUGUUCAUGCGCCAGGUUGACGAGGACACCGUCCAGAUUCACGGCCGUGGAGUAUUCGCCAUUCCAUUCGAGCGAGCACGCGGACUCUUCACGCACAUGGUUCUGGUUUCCAUGUCCAAGUCUUGUAUCAACAUUUUCUUCGCGGCUCAGAUGAAAAAGUUGCGUUGGGCCCUUCGCGAACGAAGGAAAAGAGGUGUUGACUCGGGUGUACUGUCGAUCUCGGGUAUAAAUGAAUGCAAGGUCUGCCAGAAGACGCCUACAGUCCGUAAGGGAUACAACUGCAUGCUCUGCGGGGAGUUUGUGUGCAAGUCGUGCAGGGUUACGCACAAAAUCGCAGAUAUUGGCCCGGACAACAAACUCUACUGGACGAAGGCGAUCGUGUGUCCGUUUUGCAUGACUCAAGUGAUCAAGUCGGACGUGUCGAUCACGAUGCGCUCCGAAAUCGCAGCAGGAGAGUACCCGGACCGAGACACGAAGGUCAUGUAGAAAAUUUACUUGAGGUAGUUAGUAGAUUGCAGCAAAGCCAUUAUCACAUCAGCGCUUAUAUAAAUUUGUUUCUUUUGGUUCGAACACGAA